GAUCUCACUCUCGAUGUCCACUGGUUGGGCUCAGGGUCAGAUCAUCAACAUGGCAGAGCUUUACCGGCGAGGGUUUUCCCUGCGGUAAAGCCGUCGAGCACGGGUCAUCAAGCUCAAGCAUCAGGUUUCAGGUCGAGAUCGAUGCGCGGGCAGUAGUACUCUGCGUCUGAAUGGAAUGAGGGUGGAUCUCAACUUUCAAGUUCAUCUUCAACCUGGACCAUCGAAAUACUAUAAAAGCACUUCUAAGACGAGCAAUGUUCUUUGCCCGGCGCCCUCAACCCAGUACUACCUAACGUUUCUCACCUUCAUCACCCUCACGUUCCUUACCUUUUUGGCUUCGCUCGCUGCUGGAUCACCGCGAUGGUCAUUUUUCAUUGGAUUACUCAGUCGCUCGUCUUGGCGGGUUUCUUGCAACUCGCGAUUACGGCCCCGACUCCACUUCGAGGGGAGAAACCGAGGCUACCAGUCGUCAGAGGAAGUCCUGCUACUACCGCAGAGUUCAACCUAACAGCGAGGGCGCCCGCCAAGAGACGUUGCAAUAAGGGCGGGGUCCCUCCAUGUAUUUGCAAUGAUGAUCUAUCUCUUCGCCUCGAAAAUAUCAGACCCAAUUGCCCAAAGCAGUCAUUCAAAUUCGUGAAUGCAGCUGCAACCUCGGAAGACGGUACAUUAGCUUUGUUACCUGACCCGAAUGCAACGGACGAUAAAGAGGUUCAGUGUGAUCAUAUGGUAGAAUUGCAGUUCAUCAGUAAAAAAAUCCAAGCAAACCCCGCCAUAUGCCAACACUUCCUGUCUUCGGCGGGAACGGCGGAUUAUAAGUCUUUCUUCAACGAUAUCAACUCUACCCCACGUCUGGUCUUUUUGGAGAACAGGGUCAAUUUGGUAAAGGGUAUCUUGUUCAAGGGCGCGAGUUUUGGUACUGAAACCACUGUGAAGGACGCUGACGGUGCUAUAAGUUACCUCACGUUGGUGAAGGGCGACGCAAAAGCCUCUGCGACAGCGAUCAAGCAAAAUAUGGACAGCAUUAUGACCAAAACUGGGCAGUCAGGUUUUGACGCAAAUUUCGUGUCGGAGUACAUCGAAGAACUAGACGCUGCCGUUAAGAAGAGCCAAGAAGCUAUUGACGAAGGGAUACUACUACCUGCACAGUCGGAUGGCGGCUUUAUCAAUGAGUCAGAGAGGACGGCAGCGAGAGCGAAGUGCAAUCGUCCCUUGACGCGUUCUUUCUGGAUGGAAGCCCGCGACUUCAUGGUUCGUGCGGCGACGGGGAAGGCACCCGCUACCGACAAAACCCAAUGUCCUCCUCCGCCCACCUCACCGAGUAGUAAGGCCGCGACGAACGGUACUGCCCAGACAACCGCGGCGGCGUCGAAAAUAGUCAAGCCCUCUGCAACUAAAGCUGCGACAAAGGCCUCAGUCACAUCGUCGUCGGUGGCUAAACAGUCUAAGUCGAAAGCCGCAAAAUUACCAACUCAGUCGGUUAAGAAAGCUACGACGUCCUUCAAGUCGAAACAGACACCCACGAAAGCUGUAUUCAAAGCUCCGUCAAAGGUUCCGGCCAAAGUUCCGGCCAAAGUUCCUGCUAAACCAGCCAAAGUUCCCGCUAAACCAGCCAAAGUUCCCGCUAAACCAGCCAAAGUUCCCGCCAAACCAGCCAAACCAGCCAAAGGUCCAGCCAAAAGGCCAGUCGCGCCGCCCAGCGUGUCCAAGAACUGAAGGAACGAUAGAUUAACCGGUAGUACAUGACGUUGUUAAGCC